CCGCCCUGCCACCGACACGGUCAAAAGACACACAGCAAUGGCAGCAUUGGACCGUGCAGAGAAUGGUCAGGCCAUGCCAGUGGUGCAGGGCAUCCCCGUGCAGCCUGCGCCAGGUGUCAUCGGCCUCCAGAUAGACCCAGUGCCUGUCACGAUGCUGGACCUUCCCAUCCAGGUGGUCUUGAGCUAUCGCACAGCAGUGACCUGCUUCGCAGUGCUGGACAUAGCCUUCACGGUGCUCAACGUGGUGGCGGCCUAUGCCACGGGCUUGGUGUGGAAUUGGUGGCAGCUCCUUUUCCUGGUCUUUCUUUUGGGCCCCCUCUGCGGCGUCCUGGGCGCCUCCUGGUUGAGACGCGAACUGGUUGGAGUCUACUUGGCUUUCUGCAUUGUAAAGACGUGCAUCCAACUCUACUCCGCGAUUUUCGGUUUCUUCUUGUGGGCGAUUCUCUUCGUGUUCUUGCAGAUUUGGAUCACCAAGAUCGUGGCAACCUUCUGCUACUUCCUGGGAAGGCUCUCACCGAUCCAAAGGCAAAUGGCCUUGGAUGCCAAGGACUAUGAGGUGCAGAGAGUGUACUGGUGAUCCCUGUGACCAAAAAAAACACAGGUCAUGAGGCCAACAAGUGGCCGAAACCUGUGGUCAUGUGGUAAACAAAACGAGUGCGCUCUUCCCAUGUUUUGGGAAAGCACCGGCCCAAGCCCACGGGACGGGAAAGAGUUGAAGCAAGUGGAGGCCGCCCAGAAUCCAAGAAUCCACUUGACUGGUCAUCCUGGGGUAAGAAGUAAGCGCUGG